AUGCCUCUUGAAUCCAACCCAAAGGUGGUUGGCAAAUAUGUGAAAAAGCUGGGUUUCGACAGCCAGUAUGAGGUGCAUGAGCUGCUGUCACUCGAGCCUUGGGCACUUGAGAUGAUACCUCGGCCAGCAGGGGCUGUCUUUCUCCUAUUUCCUCAAGGAAAGGAGCUUGCAGCAGCGCAAGAAGCCGAGAGCCUUUCUGCGACCGCCACUCCGCCCACGGGAGUAAUUCACAUGAAACAGCUCGUGGGAAAUGCGUGUGGGACCAUCGCCGUCGUGCACGCCAUGGCCAACCUCUGCAAACAUUCUGGGGCCAUUGCAACUCAAGGAUCUUGGCUGGAGCGUUUCCUGGCAAACUACAAGGAUGGCAUGACCAGCGAAGACCUGGGCACCAUGCUGGAGGAAGAUGUUGCAAUUGAAGCUGCGCAUGAUGAAGCAGAACGAGAAAGCGAAGCUUCUCAUGGGCAUGCUACAAACAAAGAUCUGCAUUUCAUCGUGUUCGUGUGCAUCGACGGCUUGGUAGUGGAGCUAGAUGGCUGCAAGGACAAGCCUAUCGUCCGCGGAAAGCUGGGUGACUAUGGUGGCGAUUUUCUCCGUGCAGCCGUAGUUGUCAUUCGCGAACGGUACAUGAAUGUGUCGCCAGACCCGAUGCGCUUCAACAUGAUGGCCUUGUGCAAGCCUGGAGAAUUCGCAGAGGGCGUGCCGAGCGCCAUAUCAGAGGAGGCAGUGGCGCAGUUGAUGGCUCUGGGAUUCGAUGCAGAUGCAGCAAAGUCUGCAUUGGAAGCUGCCGGUGGCAACGCAGAGGAGGCGGCGAACUUCCUGCUGGGCUGA